CCGGGAAAAAAGGAUAAGAUAUGGCCGAUUCCAUUAACGGAUACACAGAAGAGAACUCUACUGCUCCUGCUGGUGAAUUGAACGUUUCAAUUCCGAUUACGGCCGGUGGAUUCGGUGUGCCGAGCGAUGCAGGCAGUUCGAAACCAGGCGAAGAAGAACUCAACUAUUCAUUUGAUUACGACGUGGAAUAUCUUGAUGAGGAACGAGUGUUCGAUACGCUGGAACUAUCUGGUUCCAGCGUAGAUCCACUUACGGAGGCCGGACCAUCUAAACCACCGAAACGACAAAAGAAAAACAAAUUCGGAAAUCAAAGCCUCUCUACUGAGUUUGACGAAUUACCAAGUACGUCCAAAAACGACGAAUAUCGUUUCGAAGCUACGGUUUUUGAAAAAAAGUUCAAAAAUCAAAAAUCAUUUGAACGAUGUGGUGACGUAUUGGUUUCUGGAAACUCUGCGGAAGCGGUUCUGGAAAAAAUAUGGCAAUAUUGUUCCAAAUUCAUUGAUCGUGGUGUUGUUUUUCCGGAUGCAUCUGAGAACACAGGGGAACUUAAAUGGGAUAAUCCUCCAACGUAUGAAGAUCGUGACAAGUUCAUGUUAUUCCUCGAUAAAGUUAGCAAGAGAAGCACUCCUCCCUCCAAGGUUGAUGGCCAUACACUCCAGAAUUGGCAAACGAAGGAUGUGACUGUGAUGCUCUACAAAUAUUCUGAUGCAGUAUCAACUCUUCACAAAUGGAACCAGGUUGAAAGCCAAUUGCUACGUUCACAAACAACGGACCGAGCAGGUGCAGAAUCAAUAUCAUCACUCAAUCAAGUUAAGGAAGACCUAAAAAAGCGGCACGGAAGAUAUUUGAGCGCAGAUGAUGUGAGUUGGGGCUGCUGGGCGAAUUGGAUUUGCAGCAAACCAAUGAAUAUGCGGGAUGAAUUGACACAACAGACUCCACCUCAACAUGUUGUUGGAUUGUUCAGUACGGUUCCUGUGCACAGUGAUGUUCUCUUGGAAAAAGCAAAAUUAGAUUUCCAGGUAGCUUCUACUGUAAACAAAGCUUAUGUUAAAGUGCUUCAGGAUCUGAACGACGAUCAUCGGCAAUUGUUAAACAUUGCAUCUGUGAUGGGCCAACGAAUCACUAUGCUACAAGAAAAGCAGACUGAAUUUGAAAACAUGCUCACAGCUAUGAACAGCUCAGUAUCGGUCAGAGAGAAUAGAUUCUCAGUGGAGCUAGCUCAGUCCGUAACAGACUGCAUUGAUGUUGACCACCUGUGAACAUGAUUGAUUUAUGUAUCCUUUUUAAUUUCAACUGAUUUGAUGA